GCCUAGAGGGUUAAUUUUCAUCCUUUGUCCUCCUAAAAUUAGAAUAAAAUGACAACUUGUAAAAUUCAUAGUACGCAAAAUAAUAUUUAAAUUGCACUAAGACUAAAACAGUACACAUCCAGCUAUCAAACAAUACAAAACACAAUAUAAUUAAGAACAAUAGAUAUAUAUUUUUUUAAUCACAUAUAUAUAAACAUUUUCUUGGAAUUACGGUUAAUACCAUGAAGUGAUAACAAAUUGCUAGUAAAACUUCUUUUCUACAUUCUCUUGACAUUACUUUUUACGGGUUUUUUGCAUUGAUAUUACCAAUUUGUGUUUUAAAGCUUUGGAUAGAUAGAUAGAUAGAUAGAUAGAUAGAUAGAUAGAUAGAUAGAUAGAUAGAUAGAUAGAUAGAUAGAGCUCUCCACAGUUUUAAUCGUCCCUCCCUCCUCCGUCACUUAGUGCGUAUGAAACGAGCGCUCCACCGGGCAGCCCUCGUUGCUAUGGUGACGCUUGUGUAAACGGCUGCUGGAUCCGGAUCAACCAAACUGUCCUGUUUCAUCCAAAAAACAGAUAUUGAUCUGAUUGACUGACUGACUGAUCGAUUGAUUGAAAGCCGGAUAGUCGUCGUCAUGACAGCAGGAUCGGUGGCGGCUCCGCUCAUCAUUCCCAUCAUCCACCUGCAGACACACAGAGCCAAGAACCACAUCGACACCAGCACACCUGUCUCCAUCCAGUCAGACACUCCUGCAGUGCUGAUCUUCUACACUCUGGAUGGGUCGAAGCCGGCGGCCAUACAACGGGGGUCAGCGGGCAGCAGCAGGAAGUACAGCGAGCCGAUCCUGCUGCCCGCUGGUCGGGUGGCUGUCAGAGCUCUGGCUGUCACCAGUGACGGCAGAGAAAGCUCCACAGUGACGAAGGUUUUCUUUGUUGAACUUGUGGAUUCAAACAGCAGGAAGGAGGAUGAGGAGAACUUCCUGCAGAGCGACCAGCAGCGUCCGUCUGAAGGAACUUGGUGGUCUGCUGAGAACUCUGCCGGUUCGUCACUGAGGCCUCCAGAGCCGAGGAUGAUGGGAACCACCUCUCCUCCAUCAGGUCCUCGUUUCCUGAAGAGUCGACUGGGAUCUCCGACCGCCGCCGCCACCCAAACUGGUUCCUCUCAAUGCUCCCAGUCAGCGAGUUUGGGCGUAUCGAAGCAGCUGAGCAGCACGCAGACGACCCGAAUCCAAAGAGAGACCGACUUCCUGCGGUGUGCUCAGUGUUUGAGUCUUCGUCCUUCGGAUCCUUUGGCUCGGUUCUGUGCUCAGUGUGGCGCUGUGGUUCCUCCGUUACCUGAACAGAGACUGCCCCCUGCUGAGGGAGGACAGAUGUUGCGCUGCUUGUUCUGUCACACUGUGGUUCCUGUGAACACUGAGACCUGUUUGAUCUGUGAAGCUUCCAUCCAUCAACAGCUACAACCACAGUCCAGCCUUCGACUGCAGGAUCAUAUUGUUUGUGUUUGCUGCGGAAGCGGAAAUCCAGCUCACAUCUCCAGCUGUUUGACCUGCGAGAGCCACCUGCAGCCGGCGGUGUGUGUCGGUAACGGCGCCCCCUCUGUCCCGUCAGCAGACAGCAGGAUGUUGUCGUGCUCCAGAUGUAAACGUAUAAACCACAGCGACGCCAGAUACUGCGACUGGUGCGGCUCCAAGCCCGGCCAUGCAGCCAGCUGUGUCAUGUGUUGGCGGUGUGGAGCGAGCGGACACCCGUAUGCCUUCUACUGCGCUGCCUGUGGCGUCUUCCUGGAAGCACCGGCCCCGACCACAUCCUCUCAGGUACACUGCAGCAACACUACCCAGCCCACAGGGGGCGCCACCACCAACCAGGCUUCAACCUCGAUUUCCCAUGAUGCCACCUGGAAGGCCAUGCCCUCAUCUGGCGCCGUGCCCGGUGUGCCGUUAGCCCCUCCCACUGCAGAGCAGUACACACAGACUGUAGGACUCUAUUACCCAUCAGCCACCAAGCUCCACAGGAAGGAGCAGCAGAGGGCGCUACAACUCAGCAGGCAGCAGGUGUCCAGAGACCGCCAUCCACUGCUGACCGCCAUCAGCCCAGGCCGAGGUUACUGGAGGAAGCAGCUGGAUCAUGUGUGUGCUCACCUGAGGAGCUACGCCCAGAACAACGCCCCCUUCAGGGCUCUGCUGGGAGAGCCCCGCCUGGGCCGGAUGGUUUCUGCUGUGAUUCAGGAAGAUCGCUACGAAGUCAGUCUGACUGUCAGCUUCGUGUCGGCUGGACAGGAAGAAAAACAGGUGGGUCCUGAACAGGUCGGACCAGCAGGUGACAGCGUUUUACUUGCUGGUCGGUCUGAGACUCUGAGCAGCGUCACAGAGCGAUCUGCCAACAGCAGCAGCCUCAGAAAUGAUCUGACAGCUCUGAUGAAACCCCUCAAACUGAACCCAGCGCCCAAACCUCCGGUGAAGGACAGUCAGCUGCUGAGGGAGCUGGGUCCAGGUCGAGGUCAGAUCAGCGUCGUCCAGCUGCUCCUGGAUCAGGGGGCGGAUCCCUCCUGCUGCGGGAGCGACGGCCGACACGCGCUGGCGGUUGCCGUGGUGAAUGGUCACCAUGAUGUCCUUCCUGUUCUGGUGCAGCAAGGCGCCGACAUCAACCAGCAGUCCGGACAGAUGAAGAACACUGCUCUGCAUGAGGCUGCAGCUCUGGGCUCUGAAGGCCUGCAGUGUGCGGAGGUCCUGCUCAGCUGUAAGGCCGGCCUGAGGCACAGGAAUGCCGCUGGUCAGACGGCGUAUGACGUGGCGGUGAGCUCCGGCUGUAACGUCAUGGUGUCCAUGCUCGCCGCCCGGACAGGAUGUGACAUACUGGGCAAACUGGGAAAACCAAAACUGAACCUGGAUGUUUUCUGACUGAAACAGACUUCACUUUUAUUGGAAGCAUUAUGACGUCACUACCGACCAAACUGAGCACCUGUACCUGCAAACAGGAGCAAAAUAUAAAGAUGUUUUUGUAUGUAAAUCUACAAUAAACAGGCAGCUGUUAAACAGAUUACAUAUAAUAGUUAAAUUGUUUGUUUAAAGGAACAUUUCAUAGAUAGUUUUAUUUUAUUCACUAUGAUCUGAUGUAGAUGUUUAGAACAGGAAUGUGAGAAACAUCACUUGUUACAGUUUUAAUAUUAUAAGUUAUAGUAACAUUAAAUAUGUUUACUGCUGUUAUUGUGGUCUAAAUGUAAAACACAAAUCCACCAUGGUAAUACUGUAUGUAAAUACAUGCUAACCCUGUGUUAGUCUGCAGAAACAAACAGCUGAUUCUAUUGAUUAGUUAAUGAACUUGAGAGGAAAUUAUCUCAUGUUGCAACUUUGGUGAAAUGACGUCUGUCCUGCUGUCAGACUGAAGUUUAGAGUCAGAUAUAUUUUUUUAAUUUUUAGACAUGUAUUCUGCAAACUUGUGUAUGAAACAGGUGACAGUCUGUACAGUGUUUCUUCAGAUCUUGUUCUUGUUCUGUGUAGCGUUGAUAAAAAUAAACUAAUAUUUAAUA